GCCCCUCCCGCCGCAGCCUUCGGGCCGGGGCUCCGUUCCGGGCUCGGGCCGUUGCAGCGGUCUCGACACGUGGCGCGGCGGGGCGGCCCCGCUGGCGGCAUGGCCGCGGCGGCCGAGGCGGCGGGCGGUGGUGGAGGAGGAGGCGGCGGUAGCAGCAGCAGCAGCCGCCACGAGAAGAGCCUGGGGCUGCUGACCACCAAGUUCGUGUCGCUGCUGCAGGAGGCCAAGGACGGCGUGCUGGACCUCAAAGCGGCUGCUGAUACCCUUGCUGUAAGGCAGAAGAGAAGGAUCUAUGAUAUCACCAAUGUUUUGGAGGGGAUUGAUCUCAUUGAGAAGAAGUCUAAAAACAGCAUUCAGUGGAAAGGAGUAGGUGCUGGCUGCAAUACAAAAGAAGUUAUAGACAGGCUGAGGUAUCUGGAAGCUGAAAUUGAAGAUCUAGAGCUAAAAGAAAAAGAACUGGAUCAGCAGAAAUUGUGGCUUCAGCAAAGUAUCAAGAAUGUCAUGGAUGAUUCUACAAACCAUCAAUUUUCAUAUGUAACCCAUGAAGAUAUCUGUAACUGCUUCAAUGGAGACACACUUCUAGCAAUUCAAGCACCUUGUGGUACACAGUUAGAAGUACCUAUACCCGAAAUGGGACAGAAUGGACAGAAGAAAUACCAGAUCAAUCUUAAAAGUAGUUCAGGACCUAUCCAUGUGCUGCUUAUAAAUAAAGAAUCAAGUUCCUCCAAGCCCAUGGUGUUUCCAGUUCCUCCACCAGAUGACCUUGCACAGCCCCCGUCUCAACCUGCAGCUCCAGUGACUCCCCUUAAACCUGCUACAGCUUCUCAAGAUCCAGCAGAACAACAAGCUCCUAGCCAAGGACAAGACUUGACACAGACAUCGGUUGCAGACACGCCACCGGCCGGCAGUGUGGAGCAGAGCAGUUCGACCGCAGCAGCUCCUUACUCCAGUCUCCCAGAGUCGGUGUUGUACCCCAGCCUUUCAGGAGAUGGCGCCCAAGCUAUAGCAAACUCGGGUGACUACCAGGGCUUGCUGCCCCUGGAUGUUAACUGUAUUCUCAAGCCAAACACAUUCGACAUGGCCAAGAUGGAGGAGCCCGCAGGAAAUUUCAGUGGAGAUAUUAUUGAUGAACUCAUGUCUUCUGAUGUUUUUCCUCUCUUACGACUUUCUCCUACUCCCGGAGAUGACUACAACUUUAACCUGGAUGAUAAUGAAGGAGUCUGUGAUCUCUUUGAUGUGCAGAUACUAAAUUAUUAGAUACUGUGUCAACCAGACUACUUAUCUACCUCUAACUGUAACAUUCUAGACUUCUUCAUAACCUAAGUAUUUGAAUAAUGAAAUGUAUAACCUUAGGUUCACUGACUCUGGGAGUAAUAUUUCCUUUUGCUUCCUUUAAACUACUUCACAAAACAAAUUCAACAACCAGAAAAAAGGGCUUCUGUUCAAAAAUUCUGGCAUGUUUUUUCAACCUGAAUGUCCCUCUGUGUAAUCCAAUUAUUUGGAGUUUUCCUUAGUAAGAAAAGUGAAAAUGUUUUAUAGCUUCUUUGAUCAGUAAAAAAAAAAAAGCUUGGCCUUCUUGCUCACAGUUAACACCAUAUUAUUAGAAGCUUUACUGCCAAGAAGCUUUUUUUUUUUUUAAACCUUUCAAUCAAUUUUGAAGCUUUCACUGCCAAACUGAAAAGUGAAGGAUACCAACUUGAGUUAUGCUAAAUUGUUUCAGUGAACCAAUUUUGUGAAGUGCCUUCUGUUUUAGCACUUUAAGUUUCUCACACUGACUUCUGACAUUCCACUUUCCUAGAUGACAGGAAAGGUCUGUUUGUAGUUUGUAUUAAAGUGUGCCAAUACUUGUAUAUUUAACAAGAUUUUUUUAAUAAAAUUGUACAAACAAA